UAGCCAAGCACAAGGAGCUUGCCCUCUACGAGGAGAACUGGUUCUACCCGCGAGCGGCUUCCAGAGUGUGGCACCUGCAUCUGUGGGGCGGUGCUGGCGUUGGCUCCAUGACCAAGAUCUACGGGGGUGGCAGAGGAAUGGCAUCAUACCCAGCCACUUCAGCCGUGGCUCCACGAGUGUGGCCCGCCGCGUCCUGCAGGCCCUGGAGGGGCUGAAGAUGGUGGAAAAGGACCAGGAUGGGGGGCUGCACACUGGCACCUCAGGGACAAAGAGAUCUGGACACAAUCGCCGGACAGGUGGCAGCUGCCAACAAGAAACAUUAGAACAAAUGAUGCUGGGUUAAUAAAUUGCCUCAUUCGUUAAAAAGAGAGAGACACACACAGAGAGACACCCCCAAAGAGGGCAGAUGAGUGAGUUUCAAGAAAGUGCCGCAGAACAGUCCUAAAGGAUUUGGGCUGAACAACUACUGAACUGAAGAUCUAGGAGGUCACUGUUACUCUUGCUUGGCAAGAGACACCUCUGUAAAAUAAGGUGGCAAAGUAAGAUGAAAAUGAUACAGGAAAUGAAUGUGACUGAGGGAUGAAGAACUGAGGCACAAGGAGAUGAAACAAUUCUUCCAAGAUUAUCCAAUCAGUAAUUUUAAAUUCCGUUAAUAUUGACACGCGUAAACUGCUGAACUUUUGUGCAUUUGUGCAGUACCUUAGAGAUCGUGAACAAAAAAUGAAGAUGGCUUUUACCAGUUUGGACACCAAUGAAGACGGAGUGAUUGAUACUUCAGAAAUUGUUGAUGCUCUCAAGGUUAUAGGUGUAAAUAUUUCUGUAAAAGAGGCACAGAAGAUUAUUGAAAGCAUGGACAUUGAUGGGUCACUGACAGUGGACUGGAAUGAAUGGAGGAAGUAUUUUUUAUUUAAACCUGAAAGAAAUGUUGAAGAAAUUGCCCAUCACUGGAACCGUUUUACUGGAAUUGAUAUGGGAGAUAGAUGGACUUUCCAUCAUUUCAUUGAUGAAGAAAGAAAAUCCGGUCUGCUAUGGAAGUAUCUGUGGGCUGGGGGCAUAGCUGGGGCUUGUGCGCGAACAUGUACAGCACCUUUAGAUCGUCUGAAAACCUUAAUGCAGGCUCAGAGUUUAGAAACAAAGAAUGUGAGGAUGGUGAGUCGUUUAAUGGAGAUGGUGAAAGAGGGUGGAGUCGUUUCCUUGUGGAGAGGAAAUGGUGUGAAUGUCCUCAAGAUUGCUCCUGAAACAGCUCUUAAGGUCUGGUCAUAUGAACAGUAUAAAUUGUUUCUUAGUGAAGAAGGAGCCAAAUUAGGAACUCUCCAGAAGCUUGUGUCUGGUUGUUUGGCUGGUGCUACUUCACUCUCAUUUAUAUACCCGAUGGAGGUUCUAAAAACUAAUCUGGCCAUAAGCAAAACUGGACAGUACUAUGGGAUGUUGGAUUGUGCCAGGAAGAUUUGGAAGCUCGAAAAGUUUCGAGGCUUCUACAGAGGCCUCAUUCCUAGUCUUUUGGCUGUCAUACCGUAUGCAGGCGUAGAUAUUACUGCUAAUGAGCUUUUGAGGACUCGUUGGCUAAAUACUCAAGCGGAAGACCCUGAGUUGGUGAUUUUGCUGGGAUGUAGUGCCUUGUCUAACUUCUGUGGUCAGAUUGUCAGCUACCCCCUCUUCCUAGUGAGAACUAACAUGCAGGUUCAAGGAGUCCCCAAGCUAAAUAUGAUCAGCUGCUUUUCUGAAAUUUAUAAAAGGAGUGGAGUGACAGGAUUUUUCAGAGGCAUGACUCCAAAUUUCUUAAAAUUGCUUCCCUCAGUAUGUAUAAACUGUGUGGUUUAUGAGUCAAUAAAACCAUUCCUUGGAAUAUUUUAGAAAUGAAA